GUGCAUCUCCAGAUAUCUGCUACAGUUACGACAGUGAAUUUUAUUUCGACCAAAAACUCGAUCAUUUGACAAAUCGAACAACAAAAACAUGGCAGCAACGCUACUACUACAAUGAUUAUUACUACACCCUUCAAACGGAGGCGGGCUAUCCCAAGGUACCAUUGUUCCUGAUUGUGGGUGGUGAGAAGGCUGUCAUAGACGGAGGUUACACCUCAAACUCACCCAUGUAUCAUUUCGGCAUUGAAUACAGGGCUCUUGUGAUGCAUCUGGAGCACAGAUACUAUGGCAAAAGCAUGCCCACUGCGUAA